CCCGCUGUUGCGUCAUUGUUAGGCGCCGGAAGCGAUCGUUCCUGUGCCGGGGCGUGGUGGCUUACACCUGGCUGGGGCCGGCGUCCUCGAAGUUAGACCGACCCGGGUUGGCUUCGGCCGGUGGGGGACCCUAUCAGGCCCCAGAAUAAUGGCGGUGUUUCACGACGAGGUGGAAAUCGAGGACUUCCAAUAUGACGAAGACCUGGAGACGUAUUUCUACCCCUGCCCUUGUGGCGAUAACUUCUGCAUCACUAAGGAAGAUUUGGAGAACGGGGAAGACGUGGCGACGUGUCCGAGCUGCUCUCUCAUUAUAAAAGUGAUUUAUGACAAAGAGCAGUUUAUGAGUGGAGAAACAGUCCCAGCCCCUUCCACCAACAAAGAAUUAGUUAAAUGCUAAACAAGGAUUUUCGGGAUCCAAAUCCUGAACAUUCAGGACUGAGCCAAGCUGGAAAAAUCAAAAGCAAAGUUCCUGGCUUCCUCGUGGGACAGCUGCUUUGUAGUUUGCUGCUGUGGAUUCUUUCCAUCGGCUCUGAGUUCAUCUCCAAUUAAAGAAGCAAGUCCAUGACAUGACAUACCUGGAUUUCAUGCUUAGAGCUUUGAAUUGGAAAAAGUGUUCUUUAUUUUCCACAUGAAUUUAAAGGAAGAUAAUUUCAAGUCAGUGCUUUCAUUCCCUCAGUCUUGUUAUUUUUAUCUUAUACGUAAUUUAUUAUCUGAUAACAUCGUCUACCUCAAAGUCAUUAGGAUUCCUUCUUUUAAAACAGGAUUUUAUUUUUUUAAUUAUUAGGAUUAGUAAAAUUAGGCCUUUUUGAAAUUGACAUCAGGUUUGGUAUUCUCACUUAAGAAAAUGAGUUGCCUUGUCAGUACUACUGUGAUGUUCCCACUCCAAACCAGUCUUCUGGGUCCGGCCAUUAACAGAAUGUUCCUCUUCUGUUAGGCACGUCUUUUCCAUUGUACUUCAUGCUCUGAGUUCUGGUCAUGGUAUUACAGAGAUAACAUAAUAAGCUCACAGGUUUUUUUCCAGAGCUAAAAGUUAGAAAGA